UUGCUAACAGGCUUUCUCCUUCCUGCAGGGCCCCUGAUGCAGCCUCCUGACGGGAAAGGACUGGAGGAAGGCAAUGUCCGCCACCUGAUGCAGCCCAGAGGGUCGAGGAACGGACCAGGGCCCUGGCAGGGAGGUCGGAGGAAAUUUCGCCGCCAGCGGCCUCGCCUCUCCCAUAAGGGCCCCAUGCCUUUCUGAAGCAGGACUGAAGGGGCCCCCAAGUGGCCGCCACUGCGACUGUCGCUACUCCACAAAUGGGCCUGCUUCUCUGGAGCCCGCACGUCCACUCACCUCUCGUCCGCACCUGUUCUAGCUGCUGCUGGUCCCGACUCGCCUCACCCACCAGCUUCCCCGCGGGCGUGGUCCUGCCCUGAGUUCGGAUGAUUCCUGAUCCCUCACCAGGAUCCAUUCUGCCAUCUUCCUGGCCCCGCCCUGGACUGACAUCAUGGAGACCCAGCCCCGGAAGGCCUUCGUGCCGCCUUGUUCUUCCUGCCCGCCCUCUGCACGCACACUCUAGUGGCUACCUCUCCCAUCUAGUGCCCGACCGUCCACUCAGCCCUUCCUCCCUCGUGCCCACCUGGGGCUGGGUGGAAAUGUUCCCUUCCCUGGGCUCCAACAGAUGCCAUGGACCCCCACCUGGGUGUCGGGAUCCAGACGGGGCACUGGGCGGUACUGGUAAUGGGGUGGGUGGCAGUCUGGCAAAGGGGCUGGAAGCACUAGAGAAGACGGGCCUCUGUGGCCUCUUCUCAUCCCCGCGUUAGGCCCACGGCUGCCACCAUUCAGUUCAAGCUCCAGAUAAGGAGGGGAGGUGCUGGGCCUGCCUGGCUCUAUACCCUCCCAGGAGGAAAAGCCAAGCAGGAGGGUUGUUUUUGCCAAGAAUCACAAAAAAACCCAAGCCGAAAGGGGCCUUGGAGAUCACUUCCUUAUGCAAAGGCCCUGCAAGCCCAGAGGCCUGCAGAGGGGAGCCAUCCGCUGCGCUGUCACUGCAGAGCCCGCAUGGGGUCCAGGGCCCCCAACUCCCAUGCUAUCAUGUCCUCUUCCCUCUUGAUGAUGUCAUUUCAAAAUGAAUGAAGUGCCUUUUCCCAGGGUUGGGGCUGGGGUGGCUGGGAAGGGACAGGAGAGGCAAGCUGGCUGUGAACUGCCCUGGGAAGGGAGCUACUCUGCCUCCCUGGCCUUCCCCAGCUCUCUGUUCCCUGGCAGGGGCUGAAAGCUACCCUAACCGACCUCCCGCCGCUUCCAGCAGGGCUCCCAGGCCUGGGUACUUUAAUAGGGGCAGCCCAGGUGCUGAGAACUCAGUAAUAGCCUUCCCUUUGAGUUGACUGGACCUCCGUCUGGGUGGUCUUUCAUUGGGGGGUGCAGUGGGGGGUAGGGGAAGAAGAGUGAAGAGGGAAGGGAGAGAAGAGAGAAAGGAAGGGAAGAACAGGAAGGAAGGACAGACAGGAAGAGCGCCCCUCCCCCAGGAGACCCCCAUUUUCUCUGAGGGCCUCCACCAGCCUUACCCUGAAGGUGGGCUCUCUUGCCUUGUAUUUGAGCAGGCUUCCUUCUCAGGGACCUCCCAGGAGAGAGAAAGGAGAAAGCAAAAGCCUGAUGUUCGCCCACGUAUGUGUGGGGGCAGGGGGAAUCAGGGCCCCCCAAGUCCCACAAUGAACCCGACCGGACCUCUGCCUGUCUGCCUCUCCCCAAGCCCUUCAUCUCUGCCGCUGCUAAUGCCGCUGCUGCUGCUGCGUUCAGGCCCACCCCGAGGAGCUGGGCUGUGCUCCCCCACUCCCCUCGGGCUUGCAGUGGGGCCGGCCGGUGUCCAGAAAGUCUCUUCUGUCACUGACGCCCCCACCAGGGACUGGGUCUUCUAACCCCUCCUCAUUCCUGCAUCUCCCACCUCCUCAGCCUGCCAUGACAUACAGCCCAGCCCAGCCCCAUGGGGAAAGGGAGAAAAGGGGGUCGGCUGAGAAAGUGGGGAGAUACGGGGCACAGGAGGGGAGUGGGUGGGCCGGGGGGCUGUCUUAUUUAAAGUGGUUGUGUAUGAUUCUUGUACUAAUUUAUACAAAGAUAUUAAGGCCCUUUCCAGUAAGAAAUUGUCCCCUUGCCCUGAUUGUGUUCACUGUGUUUGUAAAGAUCGUUCUGUGUAAAUAUGUCUUUAUAAUAAAGAGUUAAAAGCUGA